GUCGACAAGAAUUACAUUUUCACACAGAUUACAGAAGCAAUUUGAGUGGGAAAUGGGUUCAGCAUCUCUGGCUUCUCUCGCACCUCUUCAUCCGCAGCAGAAUCUUCACUCAGUCUUCGUCUACGGCUCUCUCAUGGCCGAUGAAGUCCUUCGUAUCCUCUUGAAGCGUACUCCUCAGUCUUCUGAUGCCGUUCUCAAUGGCUAUCAAAGAUUAAGCAUUAAAGGACGAGUUUAUCCAGCGAUCAUACCUGUUGAUAGCAAGAAAGUAUCUGGCAAGAUUCUUUCAGGCAUCAAAAACUCUGAAAUGGAUAUUUUAGAUGCAUUUGAGGAUGUUGAAUACAAGAGGAUUACAGUUGAAGUCUCUUCAAUGGACAGUUUGGAGAAGCUAUUAGUUUAUGCUUAUGUUUGGGGCAACGAAAAGGAUCCAGACUUGUACGGAGAUUGGGAUUUUGAGAUUGCUGCAAAUUGGAAGGAGUGGAAGCGAGAUCAUUUGGAAGCUUACAUCAAGAUGGUCAAUGAAUUUAUGGAAGAAUUUGAGCAGCAGACGACACCAUAAAAAUGUCUGGCCGCUGAUGGAGAAGGAUUGUCCAGUCUCCAGGAGAAGAACCUUCGAAAAUAAAGGGCAAGUAACCCGUUGCGUCUUUAUACCUUUGCUGAAUCUGGGAUCAACCAAUAAUCCAUAUGAUACAGUCAGUUUUAAGGAUUCAUUAAGAAUUUGAUGACUUGUAACAUAACAUGUUCACUUAUUAUUUAUUGGGUUUAGACUAGCUGCACAAAGCACUUAACUUAGCACCCUCCAUUGCUUUCAAAACAAGUUACAUUUGCCUAUAAAGUUGUCAAAAUUGUUUAAACAUCAAAUGUUAUUCGGCCUCUGAAAAACAGUUAUCAGUUGUAUUCUGUUUUCUAAAAUAAGAUUAUCUUCUUUAGGUGUGUUCAAA